AGAGGCGGGCAUGAUAGCAAAUGCAGGAGGGUCGCACGCGGGUUCAAGUUGUCAUUGUUGGGGUUGUUCUGUUGUGCUAGGGGGUUCUGCGAAAUUCGGGCCAGGUCACCGCCUUGUCGGCGUGUGCAAUGGCGCUUCUCCGGGGCGUGUGGGGCGUGCUGAGCGCCCUGGGAAAGUGCGGAGCGGAUAUCUGCGCGGGCUGUGCAAGUCGGCUGCGCUCUCCCUUCAGUUUUGCAUAUGUGCCGAGAAAUUUUUCGUCCACCUUGGGUACUUAUCCAAAGAAACCUAUGACUUCAUAUGUUCGAUUUUCUAAAGAACAGCUACCCAUAUUUAAAGCUCAGAACCCAGAUGCGAAAAAUUCAGAACUAAUUAAAAAAAUCGCCCAGCUAUGGAGGGAACUUCCUGAUUCAGAGAAAAAAAUAUAUGAAGAUGCUUACAGGGCAGACUGGCAGGCAUACAAAGAAGAGAUAAACAGAUUUCAAGAACAGCUGACUCCAAGUCAGAUGGUAUCUUUGGAAAAAGAAAUCACACAAAAACGUUUAAGAAAGAAAGCAUUAAUAAAAAAGAGAGAGUUAACGAUGCUUGGAAAACCAAAAAGACCUCGCUCAGCUUAUAACAUUUUUAUAGCUGAAUGCUUCCAGGAAGCUAAGGAUGGUCCAUCACAGGUAAAGCUGAAGACUGUAAAUGAAAACUGGAAAAAUCUCUCUAGUGCUCAAAAGCAAGUGUAUAUUCAACUUGCUAAUGAUGAUAAAAUUCGUUAUUAUAAUGAAAUGAAAUCUUGGGAAGAACAUAUGAUUGAAGUUGGACGAAAUGAUCUUAUACGUCUCAAGGUGAAGCAGCAAGCAAAAGAUGGCACUGAAGAGAGUUAAAAUAGAAGACUGAGUUAUGUUCACAAUGGAUAGACACAAGAAAUCAAUUAGGUCUCAAUACUUGAAGCUGUUGUAAAAUUAGAAAGGAUAAAGUUGGUAAACAUUUUAUAUUUUAAUUCCUUUUUCUUUAGCUAGUGGACUUCUGCCAGUUCAAUACAUGUUAUAUUAGUAUUUUGCUUUGGAAAACCCAAACAGAUGAAAGUUCAUGCGAAAUUUAUUUUGUGUUUAGGAACGACUGAGGAUCAAAAUAGUCCAUGAAAUGUAGCUGUGAAUUAUUUUACCUUUGAUAAAGGCAAAUCAGACUGUAAAGGUUUUUUAUACUUGAUGACUAUGGAAAGAGUAUUCUUGUUUCCUUAUAUUAUGGAGGCAAGAGUUUCCUAUUCAAAAGUGCCCCAAACUGUAGAAGCCAUAGUGUUCUGUGAUAUAAUUGUGCAUUUUUUAAAGAGCGCUCAGAACUCAUCUAGGUAAAUUCCAUUUCCUGGAUAUAAUUCAUAUUAUAUUCAGAGUUGAUGGUUGUACAUGCAAGGGAUUGCCAAUUUCAGUUCAACUUUUUAUAAAAGUGAUGGAAAGAUUUAUAAACCUUUUCCUCAUUGUCUUUUUUCCUAAAGUGAAAACUAAGAAAUUAUGUACCAAAUCUAUGCAUAUUGUUUUAUAAUGCAUAGAAUAAAAGUUUUAAAUGUUUCCUAAUUAUAUGUUUUAAGGUGAAACAUUCAUUUUACUUCUUUCUCUUUUGUUUUUCUUUUUUUACAUAAGGGUUUGUAUUCUGAAUUAUUUUUUCUCUCUCAUGUAAGUAUAUUUAUCCAGAAAGUAGAGAACUUGUCUGUUUUAAAAUGAGAGAUCUAAAAAAUAAAAGUCUCCAAAGUCUCUCAACUUGGAACCUCUAAUUUUUAAACAUUUUGCAUAACAUAUAAGAGCCUGUAUAAGGGACAGCCAACUCUGGCCCAGAUCCAGCGACUGCCUGCUUUUCAUGGCCUGUGAGCUAAGAAUUGUAUUUACAAUUUUAAAUGGUUAAAAAAAAAAGAAUAUUUCAAGACACAUGAAAAUUAAUAUGAAACUCAGUAUCCAUAAAUAAAGUUUUAUUGGAACGCAGCCAUACUCAUUCUUUUACUUAUUGUUUAUGGCUGCCUUUGUGCUGCAGUGACAGAGUUGAGUAGUUACUACAGAGACCAUGUAGCCUGCAAAACUGAAAAUGUUUACUAUCUGACCCUUUACAGAAGUUUGCCAACCCAUGGUCUAUAGUACAGUGUAGGGUAACUAGUGUUUCAAUGUACUGAUGUGUUGGGAUAGUUUUUUAACUGUUUUAGAGUUUGUUAUUUUAGAAUCUUUGUCAAGGUUGUCUUAAGAGGAAAGAGGUCAAAUCACUAAAGAAGCUAAACUGUUGCUCUUCAGUGUUAGCAAGGAAAAGUAAUCUUUAGUUUCAAAUUAUGUUGCAUUGUGAUAAAAAGAUUCAUCUAGUGUGGAAUGAGACUCUCUUAAAUUAUUUGCUAUGGCUUGGUAAAAUGAACCUUAAGAGUUUUCUAGUUAGCACAUAUCACAAAAACCUUAGCAUCUUUUAGCAUUUGUUUAUCCUCUUAGGAGAGUCAAGCAAAGGUUUUCAAAAUCCACACUACCUUUUUGAGCACAAUAAUUUAUCUUUCAUUAUUAGUUCACAGGAAUAGGAUAACUCAAAAUUUGUAUGUACCUUAUAUUAUGCAAAAUGUUUUGAAAUCAUAGAUUCUAGAUCUCUAGAAAAACUGAAGAUUUUUGUUGUUUAUGGAUAGAAAAUAAGUAAAAAGUCACGAAAAAAUAACUUGUUAUAUACUGAAUGGAACGUGGCAAAGGUAGGGACUGAAAACUAUAACUUAAGAGGAAGCAUAGUAUUUUAAUAUAUAAAGUUGAGUGUUUCCAAACAACUUUCCCCUGUGGUUGUGAAUACAGGGCAGAGUCUGCCAUUGGUAAAAUGGGUCUUAGGCUAGACUGUUUUGAGGAAGAGGGGUUGGGGAAGAAGAGGUGGUGGUCUAGUGUCUAUCACAGUCUUUCUCAAUUGGGUUUCCAGGAGAGAAUUAAGCCAUAAUUCCCUGUGGCAUCUAGAAUGGUACUGAUUAUGUAUCAUCCUUAGGGGAAUGGAGAACAUCAUCACUCAAAUCAUUUACUGUGUUCUGUGCUUCAGAUGAACCCAGGGAGCACAUGGGAGUCAGUGUUUAUAAGUUAUAGAAUGGGUAAAGUGGAGAAAUGAGUUAUGUAAAUACUUGCAGGACACAUGUAGUAUAAAACACAUCUUUGCAAUUACCUUCUUCUGAGUUCUUUUAGCAUUUAACUACCUAUACCAUUUUAUACUAUACACAUUCAAGUCAUAUUUUCCCAAAUAUAUUGGGAAGUUGAGUGUCUAGUUUCUCAACUAUUUACAACUUAAUAUACAAAAAAGAAAUGUGAAACAGUGAAAAGAGCUAGAGCAAACCCAUUUUAUGGUAAUAUCAAAUUUUAUUUGGUUUUCUUUGUUUCUAAAAGAAUGUCAAUUUUCAUACUUUAAUUAUUAGGAUAAUCUGAUUCCAUGCCUUUCUGAAUAAACUUCAGUACACAUUGAAGACUGGUAUGCUGGAUACCAAAUGCUAUCCAGUUUAGCAAUAGACACAAAUUUUCUAUUAUAAAGAAUAAGAACUUGUAUCAGUAACCAGUAGCAACUCCUAUAAAGCCUUACUUUUUAGACUUUUCUUAAGUUGACUCAACAAAGUAAUUGCUGUAGGAACUAAAGAAGAGUGCUAGGGGGAAAGAUGCUGAAGAAAUGAAGCAAAGGAGUGUUUAUGCUAUUCUGGUCAGUUAGUCAUAAAGAGACUUUUAUAUUUUUGUUCACUGGAGUACCAAUAUUAGGUUUUUUGAAAUAAUUUGAUGACGAGAGAGAAAUGUGUGAUUAUUUUACUUUUUAAUGUUUACCUAAAGGAAAUUGUGUGCAAAUUCAGCCUACUGUAAUCAUGUAAUUUUGAUAUUGCUUUUGGCUAACUUUUUUUGGACAGGCCAUUUUUUUUUUACAAGGCAUAUGUUGUUUUUAACAGUUGCUCUGAAUGUGUAUAUUUAAAUUUCUGAAUUAAAAUGGUAUUACUCUAAGUGGAUUUAAAGUAACUAGAAAAUCUUAGUGAUUUUUCCGACAUUUACUGUACCUAAAAUUAAUCACCACCAGGUUGUGCUAAAGCAGCAGAAAGUUUUUAUAUGGUUGUGAUAGUAUCCAUUUUUGCUCUUAAUUUUAUCAAUGUUUAUUAUAAGA